AUGGAAUUUUCAACAUUUGCACCGGAGCUGGUAUCGAAAGAACAAUCUAGGAUGAACCGUUUUGAGCGAGGUCUUCAUUUGAAGUACCAAGAUAGGUUGGCAACUCAAAGGUUUGCUUCCUAUCAAGAUAUGGUUGAUAUUACAGUUAAUGUUGAACGAGUUGUAUUACUUCGAGAAGCGCAAAAUGUUGGUGAUAAAAGGAAGAAUGAUAAUCAAAACCAUAGAGGAGCUAAAAGGCCAAACCAAGGAAACCAUAAUUAUAGAAGAAACCAAGGUUAUAAUGAUAGAGCAGCUCGUAGUGUAUGGUGUGCUAAGUGUGGAAAGAGAAACCAUACCGAAUGUGAAUGUCGUGCAGGAACGAAGACGUGUUAUCGAUGUGGAGGAAAAGAUCAUUUUGUCAGGGACUGCCCUAAACCACCUCCCACAGAUACGGGAAGAGCAACCUCGACCAAUCACGAACGAAACAACAACAAUGCUAGGGUUUAUCAUGAUCCAUCACGACCACCAAUAUCUGGAAAAGCUUACAUGAUGAGAGCUGAUAAGGAAGAAGAAGAUGACGCCAACGCUGAUACUAUAUCAAUUUAG